GGGACUGUCGCGCGGGCCGCGCCGGCGAUGCCGCGCCCCCGGGCCGGGCUGUAGCGGGGCCGGGGCGGAGUGCGCGCCGGGCAGGCCGGACAUGGAGGUGGUGGACGAGACGGAGGCGCUGCAGCGCUUCUUCGAAGGCCACGACAUCAACGGCGCCCUGGAGCCCUCCAACAUAGACACCAGCAUCCUGGAGGAGUACAUCAGCAAGGAGGAUGCCUCCGACCUCUGCUUCCCUGACAUCUCUGCUCCAGCCAGUGCGGCCUCCUACCCCCACGGGCAGCCCGCGAUCCCCGGCUCCAGCGGGGUCCAUCACCUGAGCCCCCCUGGGGGUGGACCCUCCCCGGGGCGCCAUGGCCCCCUCCCACCCCCGAGCUACAGCGCCCCACUCAACUGCAACAACAACAACGGCAUGGGGGCCGCUCCCAAGCCCUUCCUGGGGGGCUCUGGGCCCCCCAUCAAGGCGGAGCCCAAGGCUCCCUAUGCCCCAGGCACCCUGCCAGACUCUCCCCCAGACUCGGGCUCCGAGGCCUACUCCCCCCAGCAGGUGAAUGACCCCCAUCUCCUGCGUACCAUCACCCCUGAGACCCUCUGCCAUGUGGGGGUGCCCUCCCGCCUGGAGCACCCGCCCCCACCUCCAGCCCAUCUACCAGGCCCCCCCCCACCGCCGCCGCCACCGCCGCCCCCCCCGCCGCCCCCCCCGCCUCACUACCCCGUCCUGCAGCGAGACCUGUACAUGAAGGCCGAGCCCCCGAUGCCCCCCUACACCGCCCUGGGGCAGGGGCUGGUGCCCACCGAUCUCCACCACACCCAGCAGUCCCAGAUGCUGCACCAGCUGUUGCAGCAACACGGAGCCGAGCUCCCCACACACCCCUCCAAGAAGAGGAAGCACUCCGAAUCACCCCCCAACACCCUCAAUGCCCAGAUGCUGAAUGGAAUGAUCAAACAGGAGCCCGGGACCGUGACGGCCCUGCCCCCACACCCAGCUCGAGCCCCAUCCCCACCCUGGCCUCCCCAGGGCCCGCUCUCACCCGGGCCUGGCUCCUUGCCCCUCAGCAUCGCCAGGGUCCAGACGCCACCUUGGCACCCACCAGGUGCACCCUCACCAGGUCUCCUGCAGGACAAUGAUAGCCUCAGUGGCUCCUACCUGGACCCCAACUACCAGUCCAUCAAGUGGCAACCACAUCAGCAGAACAAGUGGGCGACGCUGUACGAUGCAAACUACAAGGAGCUGCCCAUGCUCACAUACCGCGUGGACGCCGACAAGGGCUUCAACUUUUCGGUGGGCGACGACGCCUUCGUGUGCCAGAAAAAGAACCACUUCCAGGUGACCGUGUACAUUGGCAUGCUGGGUGAGCCCAAGUAUGUCAAGACGCCCGAAGGCCUCAAGCCCCUGGACUGCUUCUAUCUGAAGCUGCACGGAGUGAAGCUGGAGGCACUGAACCAGUCCAUCAACAUCGAGCAGUCACAGUCAGACCGGAGCAAGCGGCCCUUCAACCCUGUCACGGUCAAUCUGCCCCCCGAGCAGGUCACGAAGGUGACCGUGGGGAGGCUGCACUUCAGCGAGACCACGGCCAACAACAUGCGCAAGAAGGGCAAACCCAACCCCGACCAGAGGUACUUCAUGCUGGUGGUGGCCCUCCAGGCCCACGCACAGAACCAGAACUACACGCUGGCCGCCCAGAUCUCGGAACGCAUCAUUGUGCGGGCCUCCAAUCCAGGCCAGUUUGAGAGUGACAGCGACGUGCUCUGGCAGCGGGCGCAGGUGCCCGAUACCGUCUUCCACCACGGCCGUGUGGGCAUCAACACGGACAGGCCCGACGAGGCGCUGGUGGUGCAUGGCAACGUCAAGGUCAUGGGCUCGCUCAUGCACCCCUCGGACCUGAGGGCCAAGGAGCACGUGCAGGAGGUGGACACCACCGAGCAGCUGAAGAGGAUUUCGCGCAUGCGGUUGGUGCACUACAGAUAUAAACCGGAGUUUGCCGCCACUGCCGGCAUCGAGGCCAUGGCGCCAGAAACGGGUGUCAUCGCCCAGGAGGUGAAGGAGAUCCUGCCCGAGGCCGUGAAGGACACUGGUGACGUGGUCUUUGCCAAUGGGAAAACCAUAGAGAACUUUCUGGUGGUGAACAAGGAGCGCAUCUUCAUGGAGAACGUGGGUGCCGUGAAGGAGCUGUGCAAGCUGACAGACAACCUGGAGACGCGCAUCGAUGAGCUGGAGCGCUGGAGCCACAAGCUGGCCAAGCUGCGGCGCCUCGACAGCCUCAAGUCCACGGGCAGCUCGGGCGCCUUCAGCCAUGCAGGGAGCCAGUUCAGCCGGGCAGGCAGCGUCCCACACAAGAAAAGGCCCCCCAAAGUGGCCAGCAAGUCAUCGUCUGUGGUCCCAGACCAGGCCUGCAUCAGCCAGCGCUUCCUGCAGGGAACCAUCAUUGCCCUGGUGGUGGUCAUGGCCUUCAGCGUGGUGUCCAUGUCCACACUGUACGUGCUGAGCCUGCGCACCGAGGAGGACCUCGUAGAGACCGAUGGCUCUUUUGCUGUGUCCACUUCCUGUCUCCUGGCCCUGCUCCGGCCCCAGCACCCUGGGGGGAGUGAGGCCAUGUGCCCAUGCAGGUCCAGCCAGAGCUUUGGGACCACUCAGCUCCGACAGUCCCCUGUGACCACUGGGUUGCCAAGCACACAGCCCUCCGUGCUGCUGGUGACCACCGGCCUGCCCGGCUUGGCCCCAGCUCCAGCCCUCCGCACCUUGGACCUGUGCUCCAGAUACCCUUGUCCCGUCGUCUGCUGCUCCUCCCCCAGCCCCAGCCCCAUCACGGACCCCAGUCUUGGCCCCAGCUUUCAUCCCGGCCACGGUCUCAGCCCCAGCCCCAGCCCCUCCACCAACCGCUCAGGCUCCAGCCAGAUGGCCCUGCUACCCGUCACCAACAUCAGAGCCAAGUCCUGGGGCCUGUCAGCCAAUGGCAUUGGCUACUUCAAGCGUCCAAAGAGCUCGGACCCUAUGGCCAGCCCCAUGGUCCCCUUUCCUGGGGGCCAGGGCAAAGGCAAGAACAGCCUCGGCCUUGGUCUCCAUGGCCGAGGCCGCCGAGGGGCCCCCCAGCCUGGCCUGAGCCCUGCUCAGCCCACUCAGGCCCAGGACCAGCCAGACCCAGUGCCAUCCCUGACCUCCAUCCAGGUGCUGGAGAAUUCAAUGCCCAUCACCUCCCAGUACUGUGCUUCAGAGGAUGCCUGCAGGCCUGGAAACUUCACCUACCACAUCCCUGUCAGCAGCAGCACCCCACUGCACCUCCGCCUGACCCUGCAGAUGAACUCCUCGUCCCCCGUGUCGGUGGUGCUGUGCAGCCUGAUGUCCAAGGAGCAGCCGUGUGAGGAGGGGGGCUUCCCACAGAGCCUCCACGCCCACCAGGACACCCAGGGCACCUCCCACCAGUGGCCAGUAACCAUCCUGUCCUUCCGCAGAUUCACCUACCACUUCCGGGUGGCCCUGCUGGGUCAGGCCAACUGCAGCGCGGAGGCCCUGGUCCAGCCGGCCACGGACUACUACUUCCACUUCUACCGCCUUUGUGACUGAGCUGCCCUCCACCGGGCAGUGCCACACCAGGGCCUGGGGGUCCCCGGGUGCCCUUUCCACACUGGAUGCAGUGAUGUUACACUGGAGCCCGCCGCCUGCUCGCUCUCGCCGCUCACUGGCAUGCCCUCAGAGACGGAGCUGGCACAGCCCUCCCCGCACCUGUGAAACUGGAAGUCCUCACACUGGAGCUGCUGUCCCUGCUGGCGGCCCCCCCCAACACCACGGAGGGGGCUGGCGAGACCUGCUGGGCCGGCCCCAUCCCCGCCUGUCCAGAUACGGCUGAUGGAGGGCUGGCUGCAGGUGCCCCGGAGGCAGGGCAAGCUUGUGACUCUGUUCAGAGCUCACCCUCCUUGCCUCCCCUUUGGUGACCGGGAGUCACCCCUUUGGAGAGAGGACCUGGCUUGAGCCCUCAGACUUGGCUGGACCCUGAGUCGGUGGGGGGCGGCGGCCCUCACCCUCGAAGCUGCUCCCUGGGGCGGGCUAGCUUGUGGACUUUUUAGGUUCGUCUGUUACUGGACUUGGACUUCUAAGCUUUAAGCGUGGCCUAGGAGGUCUCUUCUCCCUGGAGGGCUUGUCUCCACGAGCUCCCGGGGCAGCUAAGCCAGCCCUGGGUGGGCUCGCGACCGACCACGUGCCUUGUAUACACUUAGUGCCUGGCUGAACUGGGGCGGGGGGGAUCAGUGGGCCAGCUAAGCCUUGGACCCUCGGACCUGGAGUACCCUGAAGGGAGCCCUCAGAUGGUGCUGUGGCCCCAUGGCCUGGGCUCCUGGGAACCUCCUGAGCUCACAGUGGUCUCUGAGCAGAGGAGCAGGAAUCCCUGCAAGGCGGCAGGCUGGUUGGUCUUGGCUGGUAGGUGGAUGCAAACAGCUCUGCUGUUAUUAACGAAGCAAUGACUAAAAUGCACUUAAACCGGGGCAGGAGUGGAAGGCUGGAGACAGCUGAGAGCAGGCCAGAGCCCUGGGGGAGACACUUGCAAAGGCAAGGUCCAGGCUCUGAUCUGUCCCCAAGAGCCCGACACCCACCCCACUGCUGACCACCGAGGCUGGCCUCUCCCUUCACUUGACUGCUGGGGGCCUCACCUCCCAGACUGAGGGCUCCUGUGCUGGGCUCAGAUAGCCAGGCAGUGCGCCCCAGUCCUGCCCACUCCUCCUGGGCAGAGUGGUGGCUGGACGUUGUUUCAAGUGCCAACAUUAGCCUUUCUUAGUGGGUAUCUGGAGCAUUCUGAAGCCACCUCCAGGCUCACGGAAGGAGAGUGGAAAUCUUUGCCAGGUCAGCCAUGGGUCCAGAAAUUGCCGUCCUUGCCCCAUGAUGUUGUGUGGCCUCUCUGGGAGCCAGGCCUUGGGCCUUCUACCUCUCAUUCUCAGCUUUGAGUGGGAGGCCUUUCUGUGGGAGAGCCGAAUCGUGACGAAGCCUGGGAACUGGGGGCCCCCUUCUGCAGUGGAUGUCAAAGCACCUGUCCUCAGGAGAGGGAAACCCUGGGGGAGGUGGGGGUAGCAAGGAUACCCGGUCCCCUCCCCUCCUCCUGCCAUAGGAAUGACACGGCUCCUGACACCAGGCGGGGGGUGGGGGGCCUAGCUUAGGACUUAGUGCUCUCCUUCCUCCCUCGGGGGAGCUCUCCCUCAAUGCCUUAAAACUGCCGGGCUUUGCCCGUCUAAUAGGAUUCCAGGGCUUCCUCAGUGGGGGCCCAAGUUCUUGGACCGUAGCCCCUCUAUGCUUAACUGGAAAGUGACCCUCCACUGCCACCUGGAGCCGUCUGGACACAGAAUCGCCCCAGUCUGGUUAGCAGCUGGCUGUUUCCAUGCCUGGGGAGGUGGUCCUCAGUGCAGAGGUUGGGGCCAAGCUGAGGUUCCAAGCUGCUCAAUGAAGCGGGGGGCGGGGGGGUCCAACCUUGGACCAAAGUUGCCUUGAGCCCAGUAAGGUGAAAGCGGGAAGGCCAGCGGGCCACCUGCGAGAGGCUGACAGUGGCUGGCAGGCGCUGUGAGUGGGUGUCUUGGCUCCAUCCCCUACCUGGGGUCCAGCAGCCUACCCCUCCCUCCCUCUCUCCCCUUUGACAUAGACUCCUGUAGCCCCUGGGCUAAUUUCCCCCAAGCUUCAAGCUGUACAUAGGGCCUCUCAAUGCACAAGUGCCCCGCCCACGUUACAUACCCCUCCAUGCCUGCGUGUGCAUAUAGCGCCCCCCCCACUCUUAACUCCCUGUUCCUGCCCCUGCGCUUUGACUCGUAUUUAUCUCGUACCAGUUCUGACUCUGGAGUGGGCAGAGGGAAGCAGCCUCAGGCCUGCUUGCUUCCUGACCGCUGAACUGUUCUUUUCCAAAGUAAAUAUACGUAUAUAAAUAAAUGUAUAAAUACUGCUUUGUAUCUGA